UCCAGAUUUCAUUUUAGCGUAGCCUCGCUCCCGAAAAGUUCACUGCAACUGGAUUGAACUCUGCGAGGAAAAGGUUGAAACCCUGUGAGGAAAGAACAAAAAAACCCGGUUGAACCCUUUGAGGGAAUGCUGAAAGAAAUCAAUAACGAGUAAAUCCAUCACUGGAGAUACCUUGUGGUGAGCUCACAGCAUCCGGUCUGUGCGAACUUCAUGCUGAUUUUGAACUUCCUUGAGCUCCGGUUAAUAUCUAACCCCAAUCCAAGACAUCCCCCACACUCAUUUUCGGCUUCAAAAGAUUGGUGUGAUCAUCCUCUCUCAACAUGGAUAGUCCUGGAUGGAAAGGCAGAUUACAGGUGGCAUAUGUUCUUGGUAUCAUCUUGAUCAUGCUGCCUUGUCCAAUUACACAAGGGGCUAAAAUAUUGGUUGUACCUAUUGACGGUAGUCACUGGGUUAAUAUGAAAAUUCUAGUAGAAGAACUGAAACUUCAUGGUCACAACAUCACAAUGCUUUAUAACUCAGUAUCUUUGUAUUUCAAAGAGAGUUCUGAUCUGUAUCAAUCAAUUGUGGUUCAAAUGCAAAAUAAAUCUGACGAAUAUGCAGGGAACGAGGUGAUCCAAGGACUUGUGCAAGAGUCAUUGAAGAGCUCACAGAAUGGUUGGACACUGUGGGAUAAUAUUAUGUUCCAAAAUAUAAUGGCAAAUUUUAUCUAUUCUUCUCAUAAAUGGAAUCAAGCUUUUAACAUAGCAAUUUUUGAAAACAAAACUUUGUUAAAACAACUUGAAAAUUCAAACUUUGACCUGAUACUUACAGAUCCAGUUUUUGGUACUGGUCCAAUGCUUGCUUAUUAUUUAAAAGUCCCACUGGUGUAUAAUGUCCGAUGGCAGAUGAGUGGAGAAGCUCAUUUCCUCUUUGCCCCAUCACCACCUUCCUAUGUCCCAAUCCCUGGCUCACUUUUGACAGAUAAAAUGAAUUUUCUCCAAAGAACAGAAAACCUCAUGCAUAAUCUUCUUCAGUUCGUGUUUUCAGAGUUUUUUCUAUACCCUAUUUAUAAUGAAAUCUGUCAUCGAUAUCUGGGACCAGAUAUAGACAUCCAAACACUCCUCCUGAGGGCUGAUGUGUGGCUGAUGAGAGUCAAUUUUGUAUUUGAAUUCCCAAGACCCACCAUGCCAAAUUUUGUGUACAUUGGAGGCUUCCAGUGUAAACCAGCCCGACCACUAGCAGCAGAGUUUGAAGAGUUUGUCCAAAGCUCAGGAGAGCACGGACUUAUUGUGAUGUCAUUGGGGACCCUGGUCGGUUCCUUGCCAAUGCAGAUCACAAAGCAAAUAGCAGAGGCUUUUGCUCAAGUACCUCAGAAGGUUAUUUGGAGAUAUGAUGGAGAAAUCCCUCCCAAUACAGGAAGUAACACUCUACUGGCAAGAUGGAUCCCUCAGAACGACCUGCUAGGACACCCCAACACACGAGUCUUUAUUUCUCAUGGUGGCACCAAUGGCAUUUAUGAAGCCAUCUACCACGGGGUGCCAGUGAUUGGCAUGCCUCUGCUUUUUGACCAGUUUGACAACUUAUUUCGACUUGAAUCCCGAGGUGCAGCAAAAGUGAUGAAUGUUGCGACCAUGCAUUCAACAGAUCUAUUGCAGGCACUCAACGAGCUGAUAAACAGUACAUUUUAUCGGGAUAACAUGAAGAAACUUUCUGCUCUCCACCAGGACCAACCAGAGUCUCCAAUGGAGAGAGCCGUUUUCUGGAUUGAGUAUGUUGCCCGACACAAAGAAGCAGGGCAUUUGCGCUCAGAAUGCUACCGACUCCCCUGGUACGUUUAUUAUUGUGUAGAUGUGAUGAUCUUUCUAUUGUCUGUGUUACUCUCGUUUACAGUGCUGGUGGUUGUAACAUUGAAGAAACUUUGUAAUAUUGUUCGGAAGAAAAAGCAAAAGAAUGAGUAA